AUGUCUCCAUCUGACGCCCCCGACGGCUCAAGUCUCAUCUGGAUCCUCGAUCAUGUCAAUCGUUAUCAAGGCUCCUAUGAGAUUCCUCUGCGUACCAUGUACCAAUUGAACCUCAACCCCACCAAGGCCUCGGGCAAUCGCUCGCCCGAGACCGCCUUCUCCCCACGCAGCUCCCCACGCAACUCCACCUCCACGACCAAGUCCUCGCGCUCCUCGCAGGAUGCGUCGGUGGAUGCGGCGGCUGACUUCCGUUCCGCCCUGGAGAACCAAUUGUCUCGCUUGCCUUCGCAGCCUACCUCUCUGCCUCCUAGCUUCUCUACGAAUUUCAUUCGCAAGGUCUUCCCGGGUGAGUUGGACAAGGUCGACUUCCCGCAGGCUCUCACCGCACUGGACUACCUCCGAUCUCUCGAAGAUCGCUGGAAGAAGGAGGUCCACGAUGCUCUGAAGCGACUGAAGGUCAGUGAGGAGGACGCCGCUCACCCGGGGCGUUCCGAGCUCGUCUCGAAGUACCCCGGGAGUUCACUUCUGGGCAAGACACGCCAGAUUCAGGCUCUGUACACACAGGUCUACGUUGGUCUGCGCCGCUGGACCAUGAUCAAUGAAAUGCUGCUUGAGCCCACCCGGAAGGCCAACCACAUGGCACUGCUCAACGUGCUUUUCCCACCGCCCAAGGAGUCAGAUCCUUCUCCCACCCCUCAGUUGACUGUCCGCAUUCUGCAAAGCCACCGCGAUGGCUACUUCCGAAUUAUCAAUUCUGUUCAUACUAGGGGCACUUCGGUUUUGGACCCCGUCAUCCAGCAGGGCGCGGCCAACGGCCAUGCCACCAACUGGCCCCUGAUCUGCGACACCUUGCACAAGUACCUGAACCUGGUCAACGACGUUAUUGACGAAUGUAUGCUGGUCAACGAGCCCGCCUCCUUGGAAGAGGACAAGAGCCUCGGCCGCAACAGAGGUCGCAAGUUCGACUCGGAACCGCGAGCAUUGGCGAAGGCACAAUCUCAGAGAAGGAACUGCCUCAGUUCCCUGCCCCCCCCGAACAUCACCACCAAAAACGGCGGCUCCAUCCUCGAGCGUCUCGCGCGCGAGGUUCGCGCCCUGGGUGACAAGUCCAAGUCCCGCAACCUGCGCAAGAUGAAGUCCACCACCACCCUCAAUGUUCGGCCCGGCAGCCAGCAGAGCCACGAGAGCUCAUUCUUCGAGAUUGAUGACGACAAACGCAAACGUUUAAUCUUUGAAGCCAACUAUCGCAAGAACUCCCAGUCUCAGGUGUUCACCCAGUAA